UCUCAAACCGUUUACGAUAGUUUAACUGAUAACUCACUGAAUCAUGGCUAAUUGUGAUUUUCUUGCUAAAGCAAUCGAAAUAGUAAAAAAAGCUACAGAUGAAGAUAACAAAGGAAACUACGAACAAGCAUACAAAUAUUAUAAUAAUGCUUUAGACUAUUUCAUGCAUGCAAUGAAAUAUGAGAAAAAUGAACGAACGAAAGAAUCCAUACGUAAAAAGUUCACCGAAUACCUCAAUCGGGCUGAAAAACUAAAGGAAUUUUUAGCAAAUCAAGAUGACAGCCGCCAGAAGAAGGCUAUUGGAGCAAAUGGUUCCGAAAAGGGAGGCGGAGGUGGAAAAGGAAGAAAGAAAAAUGGCAGCGAAGAUGAUGACAAUGAAGAUGCAGAAACUAAAAAAUUACAGAGCGCAUUAACAAGUGCCAUCUUGAGCCAAAAGCCCAAUGUACAUUGGGAUGACGUUGCUGGACUAGAGACGGCUAAAGAAGCAUUAAAAGAGGCUGUGAUUUUACCUAUCAAGUUUCCUCAAUUGUUCACUGGCAAGCGGAAACCAUGGUCGGGUAUAUUACUAUAUGGCCCUCCUGGCACUGGGAAAUCUUAUCUUGCAAAAGCGGUUGCAACUGAAGCCAAUUCUACUUUUUUUUCAGUUUCCUCAUCUGAUUUGGUGAGCAAAUGGAUGGGUGAAAGUGAACGUCUUGUCAAAAAUCUUUUUACAAUGGCUCGUGAAAAUAAACCUGCAAUCAUUUUUAUUGAUGAAGUUGAUUCACUUUGUGGACAACGUGGUGAAGGUGAAAGUGAAGCAAGUCGAAGAAUUAAAACAGAGUUUCUCGUUCAAAUGAAUGGCGUGGGAAAUGAUCCAAGUGGAGUUCUUGUGUUAGGUGCAACGAACAUCCCAUGGCAAUUAGAUAGUGCCAUUAGACGAAGAUUUGAAAAAAGAAUUUACAUACCACUUCCAGACUUUAUUGCAAGAGUUGAAUUGUUUAAAUUAAAUGUAGGCAAUACACCUUGCACUUUGACUGAUAAUGAAUUUGUACGCUUGGCUGAAACGACAGAAGGAUAUUCUGGUUCUGAUAUUGCUGUUGUUGUACGCGACGCUUUAAUGCAACCUAUUCGUAAAGUUCAAACCGCAACACAUUUCAAACGGGUCGACGCAAAUACUAAACUAACUCCUUGUUCACCUGGCGACGACGGUGCCAUGGAAAUGAGUUGGAUGAAAGUUGAAUCUGAUCAAUUAAAGGAACCUGAAUUAACUAUUAAAGAUUUUGAAAGAGCCAUACAAGUUUCUAGACCUACCGUUAACGCAAAAGACAUUGAAGAACAUACGAAAUUUACAGAAGAUUUUGGACAAGAAGGAUAAGUAAUUUUAUAACCGUACUUAAUUUUAUAGAUGUACUAAACAAACAUAUAGUAUCUUAUAAAAACGUUUUGUUAGAAGGAAGGUAUUAUACAAUUGCUCAAUUAUUGUUAUUAGUUAUUAUAUUGAUUUGUUUUAUAUUUAAAUUUAUUGAGCUUCU